CAGCUGAUCAGAGAGAGCAGGGAGGAUUGGGAAAAGCAUCUCUGUAGCAACCAUCCUCAGUUGGAUUUUUUUGUUGUUGUAACAUUUCUUUUAGAACGCAAAAUAGAACAUUGUGAGCCUGUAUUUAUUAACGAAGAUAAACUAAGUUUGUUUGGCGGUCUGUAUGCAAGAUUGCGAAUCUAGCAGGUAACGUUAGCAUUAGUUUGCUAGCUAAUGUUUUUUUCUACAGUGUGACUAUGAAAGUGUCUGGAUAAUAAUCUUAGCGAACGAGGGAGCCAGAGCGGGAGGAGCAACCUGAAGACGCCAUCAUGCCUCCCAAAUUCAAACGACACCUCAAUGAUGAAGAGGUCACGGGAUCCAUAUGCAGCGAGAGGAGGAACCUGCUGGAGGAAGACUCUGAUGAAGAGGAGGACUUCUUCCUGAGGGGACCAACUGGACCCAGAUUUGGAGCUGGAAGUGACAAAAUCAGACAAGUGCAGUCGCAGGUUGAUGAGGUCAUCGAUGUGAUGCAGGAGAACAUCUCCAAGGUGAUCGACAGGGGAGAGCGACUUGAGGACCUGCAGGACAAGUCAGAGAGCCUAUCAGACAACGCUUCAGCCUUUAGCACCAGAGCCAAGCAGCUGCACAGGAGGAUGUGGUGGAGAGAUAUGAAGAUGAAGGCCAUCAUAGCUCUGGUGGUGGUCGUUCUGCUACUUAUCAUCAUCAUUCCAGUGAUAUUGCGGUAUCGCUAGUGUCGCCAGGAGGAGAAAGAAUAUCUCCUCAUCUUCCUCCCAUUCUCCUGCACACAGUCCUCCACAUCAGCCAGGGGGCACCACCCAGCCUCCCAGACCCCUGCUGUGCCAGCCUGUGUGGCUCUGGGUAGAAGUUGCUCUUAACUACAGAUCUAGGAUCAGCUCACCCUCUUCCAAUGCUAACCUUUACCGUUAGGUCAGUUUUGUGUUUUCAAUCUUAAGGUCAGUGUCUACUAGAGACCACUUCAUCCUACUCUGUGAGUCCGGGCCAAGGGUGACAUAGGUAGCAUUACGUUGGCGUUACAUAAGGGUUGGUUUUGCUUUGCAAAUGACACCUUAUUUAGGGAAAAGGUUGUCAUUUGACAUGCUGCCUGUGUCUCAGUCCCCUCAUCAAACUUAAGGAGAACUCCAUUUAAUACAUGAUACAUAUCAGCUAGUCCGGUGGUCACCAAACUUUUCUGAGUCAAGAUCUCUUUUACAGUCAAAAAGCAAGCUGAGAUCUACCACUUAGAUUUUUUACAUUACUUAAAAAAUGUAACAUUAACUCAAUAGUUGUGUAGGAAUGAGGUUCUGGCAGCAGGUCUAAUACAUUCUCACAGCAUAUUGGCUAUAUGCCUGGACUGCCAAUAUUGCUCUUCUCAGACCAAAUUAUUUUUCACAACUUGAGCUUUGAUAACAAAAUAGAUCAGUUGAUGUAGCACUUGCAAGGACAUUUAACAUCUCCUGACUUCUGCACACAGCCUACAAGCCAUUUAAAAUGUCUAAUACAUCCAUAUAAUAUAGCCUACACCUCCACAAUAAAUCCAUUAAUUAUUUUAGACAGAUUUAAAGAAGCAUGAUAUGAAGAAAUUGUAUUAUAUUUCAGAAUAAAAGAAUAGCAUACUCCUGAUGUGUCUGACAAAUAGCUGUUGGCUACACUAGUUCAUUUAGCAGACAAGAUUCGCUUAUAAUUCCGUGGUGUUAUAUUAUUUUAUAGUAUGAAGAAUACAAUUUAACAAAACUGAAUAAAAUUAUACAUAUUUUCUCCAAAUGAUUUGAGGGAGUGCGCACAUGCGGCUGUUCUGUGUUGAGCGUUAACAAAGAAAUAGGUACUCCUAUAUGCUUAAUUUAGAGUUAUUAAUGUAACUUGUUCUACAAACAUUGGGCUGGCUUUAUGUUUAGAUUUUUAAUACAUGGUAAGGCCGCAUGAUGCAACUUUAAAUCUCUGCUUUGUUUUUUUGCGCAGGCUGAACACACUCUCUCAUUCACAAUUUGACAAGCGAUUUGACAAUGCCUAGAAGUUCAUGGCGGCAUCCCCCUUGUGGCCGUAAUGCAUCCUAUAAAAACCCAUUCCUUUUGCGGCCGGGAGUGCUGCAUUGUGCCCUUCUCCCUGAGUCUGCUGCGCAAUCCGAAACGUCUCUCUCACACGGCUCUGACACACCAGAGACGCAAUUGUGCGUGUCCUUAUCCAAUUACGAAGUGCAUAUUGAAGAUAUUGGAAGAACUGUCCACAUUUUCUUUUCAUCAGCCAACAAGAUGAGUAAGCCUAACGAAAAGCACUAGCAUAUGUCAAUGUACUAUCCCCCAUAGUACAAAAGCCGACCUAUUCUAUGCGAGAAAUGAAUAUUCCAAGCGAGAAAUGAAUAUUCCAAGCAUAGUCUGGGACAGUUGUGGGAUGCGAUAGAUCCUAUUUAAUAUAACCACUAGCAUAAAAAAAAACUGUUUUAUGCAAUGUGGCUGACGCAACAGAUCAGAACAUAUAGCUUAAAAUGUUAAUAAACUAUUAGGCAAUUUUUUUCCACAUUAUAACCGCAGCAAUGCGCACAUGGUAGUAGGCAAUAAGCGCAAAUGUUCCAUUAGCGGGAAACAAUAUUAUCAAAAGUGACCGCAAAUGCAAAUAUACAUGUAAUGCUUUUACUAUAAAGGUGCAUUUUAAUUGUGAAAAUGAUCUUCCCCAAACUGGAAACUCACGCGCUGCUUGUAAAUGCCAGUUAGGCUCUACACCCCUUGUAAAGGUGAUUAAUAUGUUUAAUUUUAAGUUAUUUGACCACUUUAGUUGUGAUACAAACCGUAUUAAAACAUAUAGGCCUAUUGGCUAGACUACUACACGAGGUGUGCGAAUAUGAUUGAACAAGUCGCAACAAAAAAAAGUAUUUGUUUCUUAUGCUGGGCAUCAUUUACAAGUGAUACUAUAUCAUUCACACGUGAUAAGCUAAUAUUGUCACCCAUCAGACUAUUCUUGAUUUAAUCUUGUCUUUACAUAUACUAAAUAAUAUAUGUGUGACAUUUGUUUUGAUUUAGAAUGGACCAUUAUCAUGCACCUGUAUUGAAACGGGGCAGCAGGAAAAAAUACGUGUCAUGUCACGCAAUUGCAUUGCCUAUAGAAAUGUUGCGUAACAUGAGCUCAUGGGCUCUCAUGAAGUGUUAGAUUAGAUCUUUGAAUAUAUUUGCAUUGAUGUUAAAGUGAUUAGAGGGACAAUAGAGUGCUGAGGACCUGGUAGUUAUCAAGUUUGGUAGGCUACUAAUGACCAUCAGCAGCUUCAGAACUUGGAGAAGCCUAAUUACCGUGACUAAACGGUCAUGUGGAAUUUGACAGCCUUCAUGACAUACGGUCACCGCAACAGCCCUAGGCACAGUUGAGCAUAUAUUUUAGAAUUUGCUUUAUUAUUUUACUGGACGUAUGGUACCUGCAUCUGAUGGCCAUGGUGCUUUCACGACAACUGGGAACUCGGAAAAAUCGAGGUCAAAUCAUGUUGUCAGUGAAUUUCAGGUCGGAAUGUCGGAGCACUGAAAGAUGCUGGAGUUACAGAGUUGGAUUACCGUUCAAAACGAUUUCCCCCAGUUGGAUCUCGUUUUUUUCCGAGUUCCGACUUCAGUGUGUUCAAGACAACUGGGAAGUCUGAGAUUUCAGUUCUUUUGAAAAAACGGUAUUGGUCUCAAGGGAGGGAGAGAGCAGCAGAGGGUCUGCCUCUCACGGUUCCUGCUCUCUCCUUUCCUCAGACCAGAGAGAGGGGACAUACUCUUUCAACUGAUGGCGAAACUCAAGUUGCACCGCAUCUGCCUCAGGCACAUAUUCUUGUUGUUCCUAUGACCAAAGAAAGUUAAAUACUCCUCGAUAUUAAAAUAUACACUGUGAGCUGCUAAUAAUAAUAAAACGCAGGGCUAUCGAUACAUUUGGCUACUCAUUCAUUGCAGCUGCAGUGUGAGUGGAAGAGGAGAGAAGAGUGUUUAAUGUUUUGUUAUAGUUUUGAAUUAAAACAGUGUUGACAGUGCUGAAUAAAACUUAGACAUGAACUCACUCAUAAAAACAGCAGUUCUUUGCUGUAUUCUUUGACCGUCUCUCUCUGGACAUGGUUUUAAAAGUUAUGAAAUCUAGGGCCUCUCGAGUAACGCAGCUGUCUAAGGCACCGCAUCGCAGUGCUAGAGGCGUCACUACAGAUCCGGGUUCGAUCACAACCGGCUGUGAUUGGGAGUCACAUAGGGCGGCGCACAAUUGGCCCAGCUUCGUCCUGGUUAGGGGAGGGUUUGACUGGGAGGCGCUUUACUUGGCUCAUCGCGCUCUAAGGACUCCUUGUGGCAGGCCGGGUGCCUGCAGGCUGACCUCAGUCAUCAGGUGAACGGUGUUUCCUCCGACACAUUGGUGCAGCUGGCUUUCGGGUUAAGCGGGCGGGUGUCAAGAAGCGUGGUUUGGCGGGUCAUGUUUCGGAAGACGCAUGACUCGACCUUCGCCUCCCGAGCCCGUUGGGGAGUUGCAGCGAUGAGACAAGAUCGAAAUUGGGGAGAAGAAAGGGGGUAAAAUACACACAAAAAAAGGUAUGAAAUCUCACAUAGGCUAGUAUUAAACUUUGCUGUGGGCGGGGUCGUGAAAGCUGUAGGUAGGCACGGUGAUUUGAGCUAUCUGAUUGGCCAGCACAGUAGGCACGCUCUAUUUAACCACAUAUCUCCCGGUCCACCAGGUAGGCAGAGUUUGUAUUUUCAGACAAACAAGACAAGGCUUCUGUAUGAAGUGCAUCUACCACCAACAGCGCAACACGGGGGGAAGAAGGAGUGCAAGUGAUUUGCCUUUAUCGUUGGCUUUUCAACAGAAAUGUUGGUGAUCGUUUAGGAAUGCCUUGAAGAUCGACCAGCGAUCGACCGAUUGGUGACCUUUGCCAGUAAGGUUACAUUUCGUAUCAUAUACUGUAGUCAGACGUAUUAUUAUUAUUAUUAUUAUAGUCAACUUAUUAUUAUAGUCAACUUAUUAUAAUUAUUUAUUAUUAUAGUCAGAUGUAGUAGUAUUAUUAUAGUCGGAUGUAGUAGUAUUAUUAUAGUCAGAUGUAGUAGUAUUAUUAUAGUCAGAUGUAGUAGUAUUAUUAUAGUCAGAUGUAGUAGUAUUAUUAUAGUCAGAUGUAGUAGUAUUAUUAUAGUCAGACAUAUUAUUGUUAGUCAGACUUUUAGUCAAUCUGUCUGCGGUUGUCUAUCAACAGCUUAGAAACAUGUCAUACAGGACUUGUAGCACACCAAAAUAUUUGAAGAUAAAGAAAGUAACCCCCACUACCACCCCCUCGUCCAUUCUCACACGUUUAAAAUGCUUUCAAGCCAGAACUGAAAAUGAAGUAAUGGAUGUAUCUCAAUACUCUACAGUGGCCUCCUUUACUUGUCUCCUUCUUUCCUUUUCUACACCCAGCUUGAUCCGACACUAGUAGGAUAGGUUCUAGCCAGUGAGAGGAAGCCACUGUGAAGUAUUGAACUAGGCUUGGGCGGUAUCCAGAUUGUCCUACCUUCAUACAAACCUUAAGCCAUACCAGCAUAUUCGAUAAUACCGCCACCCAAGGAGCGCUAUUUUCAAACCCAACUCUGCCUCUGUAAUCCGAAGGUUAGCAAUGCAAGUACAUGUAAAAACCCAUAUAGAAUGCUAACUAAAUACUAAAGUUGUACAAAUAACUAAAAAAUGCUAGUCACAGUUUGUUGCACGCACAAAACAAAUCUUAGCAAGGAUCUUGAUCCAGGAAGGGAUUUUCUGCUGUUACCAAGCAAAGCUUUAUUUUGGAAGAAGUUAACCACUUAGCUCACUAACUAGCUACUAAAUUAGCAAACCAAAGCAUUUGCCACAUUUUAGACCGUUAACUUAAUAGUUAUAAGAUAUCUCGCUGGCAAACAUUUAGUUGUAAAUGACAUGCUGUAACUAGAUCACCUGGUUGUGCUGAACAACAGUGAGUGACUCACAAGGCUCUGUUCUCUCGUCAUUGUGUCACCAUGUGGCUAGGGACGACCGAAAAGCUUCAUCAUGAAAAAUAUUAUGUGACAGGUGAAAUGAAGAUCACAUUUGUCUUUAUCUCCUAAUGUAUUGCACAAGUUGACUUGAGGGAUUUACUUAAAAAGUAGCUACAGAUAUUCACAUGUAUUUAUUUUUAAUUAAAAUAAAUAGUAUUGACAGUAUUGACCAACCAUCCCGUGGCUAUUUCCAAAUAACACAUUAGAUGGUAUACCAGGCCUAACUGGGACACAGUGUGUCCUACUGACCUAGUACGGCACACUAGGUCAUAAAUGUGGAAUACACAUUUUGGUUGAAUGCAUUGAGUUGUGCAACUGACUAGGUAUCCCCUUUCCCUGUGGUACUGCUUGGCCACUUGAUCUAAUUUCCCAUUGGUAAUGCUAGGUUAGUUGUCUAUCUCUAGAUGGUUGAAUUCUAUUGUGUAUGUUUUCUGUGAUAUUGAGUUCUGCUGGAAGGUCAUCAUGAAGCUUAUGAAUGUCUGCUGCUAUUCCCAUUAACCCUGAGGAGCUAAGGGACAGACACUGUUCAUUCCACUGCAUCUGCUGGAGGUCAUAAGCUGUCUAGUACCACUGUGUGUGUGUGUGUGGGAGAGAUUUGGGUGACCCAUACAUUCUGAGGGGGUUGGGACUUGGGUGGCAUAAUUUGUUUUAAUUUGAAUGGUAUUAGUUUGUAUUGUUAUGUGUCUGGAAGAGUGCUGGUUAAUGAGUUACAAUGACUCUAUGGGCUGUGAAACACACACAGACUGGGGUGUAACACUGCCUAGUGUGAUGACACCACAGCGUCUUGCAUAUCUGUACAAUACAAUAACCCCGACAUCUUCAUUCCUUUUGUUUUUUAAUGUAAUUUAUUUGAGGUGUAAAUAUUGAUCUGUAAUGGUGUACUAUACUCUGGCAUUGACCAACUGAACUACUGUAAUGUUUCUCUGAGCUAAUAAAAUUAUUUUAAAGGA